UCAUGUAUGUCCCUCGUCUGUGGUUUUAAUAGAAACUCGUUUACUCACUAUUGGAAUCUAACCAUAUAUAUACAUUAAAAUAUUAUUGUAAAUAUAGGUUGCUAAAUGUCCCUUCUACGCAAAGGACAGCAAUGGGGUACUUUUGCAUGUGUUUGGCACAUUUUCGAUGCAACUUGGCAAGAUCCAUUUAAAAGUGCACAUUUGAUAAAAAAGUAUCUUAUGGGAUUACAUAAACCUAUAUAUCAUCCUUUGAAUCAGUGUGGUGACCAUGUAAUAGUAAUAAACAGCAAAGAAAUUGCAUUGCGCGGAGACCAUUGGCAGAAACGAGUGUAUUUUCAUCAUACUGGAUACCAUGGUGGUGCUACUUGGACUCUUGCAUGGGAAUUACAUAGUAAAGAUCCUACAAUGAUUAUAAAGAAAGCAAUUUAUUCAGCAAUGGAUGGAACUCUACAAAGAAGAUUUACUAUGCAAAGGUUACACAUUUUUCCUGAUGAUAAUGUCCCCAAAGAAAUGUUAGAAAAUGUAAGCAAUCAAAUUAAACAAUUAAGACCUGUUCCAAAUAGAUUAUAUGAAAUUCCACAAGAAGAAAGAGAUAAAAUCCCAAGGCUUAUACAAUAUCCUUCCGAUUAUCAGCUCAAAUAAAGUUAUAUUUAUAAAUUUAAAAUAAAUUAUUAUAUAAGUUUAAAAA